UUCCUCUGUCCCCUCUGCCCGCACCAUUCAGACACAAGGGAUAGACCCUCCUCCUUCUUUACCUUUCUCAAUCCUCAUCUCUAAGUACUCACAGUUCAGUCCUCUUCUCCCUCUGCUGCUGCCACCAAGACCCAAGGCAGGCCAGUGGGGCAGGGACAGGGACGGGCAGACACGGCUGCUCUUCAGGGCUGGGUUUUGUGUGACUUGGUCAAAAUGGUCUUUCUGGGGGAAGGCAUUUUGGGAUCCUGGUUCUUAUGCCGCGUGGCCUGCUUCAUGAUGUAGGGCUGAAUUGGAAGUUAGGGAGUAUUAUUGAUUCUGUGCUGAAUGGCCUUGUUGUUGAAUGAAUAAGUUGCUUCCCCUUUCUGAGUUCCUGCUCUGCCAAAAAUGCUGUGUGGCGAUGAGGAUCGAUUCUAAUGCUAACCACUUGUUUAGUGCCCACCGCACCUCAGGCCCUGGUCCACAUCCCCCAACAACCCUGCCUAAUAGGCUUUUCUUUUUUUUUAAAGGUCUCAAAUAAUAUUUAUUAAAAGAAUGAAUAUGAAUAUGUUCGGCCAGGUCAUUUCUGGAACACACCUCAACUUUUUUUUUUGAGGAAUGGAUCAAAGCCUUUAUUACAUUCUUUAUAUGAUCCAGGUAACAAAAUAGAAAAAACUGUGCUUAUUAGAGGAAAUAGAAGGGCACUAUUAUAACUUAAUCCUAAACCCAAAUUUAAGCAAGUUACUUCUGAUAGGCUUUUUAAAACAGAUUAAGUGACUUGUCCUAAGCCACACAGCAAGAAGUGGCAAUGUCAGCCUCGAACGCUGGCCUGUCUUGUCCUAAAGCCCAUUCUCCUUUCACAAUGAAAAUGACUGGAAAAAAUAUGCAGCGUAACAACAGUAAUUUUAGUUUUAUCAGUACAUAGCAUAAAACAGCAGUGGGUUCCAGGGCAGCUUUGAUUGUUUUUCUGGUUUGAAAAAAAGUGUCAGCAGCAUCUCCACGGGUUGGGGUUUGAAGAUGGCUGCGUGUUUCACCCUGGGCCCCUGGAAACCCUGACCCUGGAAGGAGUCGGGAGGCACUUCCAUGGCUGAUGCCUUCUGCAGUAAACUUAAUUAAUGUUCCCUCUCAUUCCAUCCCUGCUUCCUCCUUAUCCAUUGUCUGAGGGAUACUGGGGCUUUCCCACCUUGUGUCCAGCAGUUGGGAUCCUUCACAGAUCUCUGGAAAGAGCCACACAGUUUUGUCUUCUGCUGUUUUUGCCAAGAGAUUGCCCCCCAAAACAGAAUCAGCUCUGGAGAUAAGCCACAACUCUAGAGCUGAGAGCUUUUUAAAGGCUCUGCUGAGAGGUGGGGCUGCUCCCGCUAUUUAUAGGGACUGGAAGAUUCCUGUUCCCGGCUCUGAGUUGCUUGCACGGAGCUGGGCCUGCUCCCCGGGUCAGGCCACCCUGGUAGGUGGUAGCCCCUGUCGCUCCUUCUCUCCUGUCUCCCCCCACCGCCUCCCCCUUCCCCCAUCCCUGGUGUGCCACUGGAGUCUCCCUGAAGAAGCCAGAGCAGCGUGACAAGCUGUUGCCUAUUCCUAAGGGGACAUGCAGGCUUUGUCCUCUUCACCUCAGUUUGGUGCAGGGGCUCAGCCUGCUGGGAGGGGGAACCCCUCGGACCCUCGGCCCAUCCCACCCCCCCGCCUUCACCGGGCGUCCAGCCGGAGCGAUCCUCCUUAUCCCAGGCCUAAGGAGCUAGCUCUGGAAAUGGCUGGCUCCAAAUGCCAGCCUGGUACCCCCGCUGCCAGCCUCUGCCCAGCAGACUCCCCCAGCCAGCACCGGGUGAUGCCACCAGGGCCUGUCAGCCGGGCAAACGCCUGCUCCCGGCCUCACACCGUAGCCAAUGGCCAUGAGUUGUUUGAAGUCGCAGAGGAGAGAGAUGAGGAAGUUGCUGCAUUUUGCCACAUGCUGGAUAUCCUUCGCUCUGGCUCUGACAUCCAGGACUACUCCCUCAGUGGAUAUGUUUGGAGCGCUGUCACCCCAAGCCCAGAGCACCUUGGGGAUGAGGUAAACCUGAAGGUGACCGUGUUGUGUGACAGCCUGCGGGAGCCACUCACUUUUACCUGCAACUGUUCCUCCACUGUAUGCUUGCUCAUCUACCAGACCCUGUGCUACACCCACGAUGACCUGAGGGAUGUGGAUGUAGGUGACUUUGUGCUAAAGCCCUGUGGGCUGGAGGAGUUCCUGCAGAACAAGCAUGCCUUGGGCAGCCACGAGUACAUUCAGUACUGCCGGAAGUUUGACAUUGACAUUCGGCUACAGCUGAUGAAGCAGAAGGCAGUCCGCAGUGAGCUGGCCCGAACGGUGAAUGAUGACCAGAGCCCCUCCACCUUGAACUACCUCGUCCAUCUGCAAGAGAGGCCAGUCAAACAGACCAUCAGCAGGCAGGCUCUGAGUCUUCUGUUUGACACAUACCACAAUGAGGUGGAUGCAUUCCUGCUGGCUGAUGGGGACUUCCUGCUGAAGGCUGACAGGGUGGUCCAGUCCGUCAAGGCCAUCUGCAACGCCCUGGCUGCGGUGGAAACGCCUGAGAUCACCAGUGCUCUCAACCAGCUGCCCCCCUGCCCCUCCCGCAUGCAACCUAAAAUUCAGAAGGAUCCCAGCGUCUUGGCUGUGAGGGAAAACAGAGAGAAAGUUGUGGAAGCCCUGACAGCUUCCAUCUUGGACCUGGUGGAGCUGUACUGCAGCACGUUCAACGCAGACUUCCAGACGGCAGUGCACGGGAGCCGCAAGCAUGAUCUGGUCCAGGAGGCCUGCCAUUUCUCCGGGCCCCUGGCCUUCACCGUCUAUGCCACCCACCGCAUCCCCAUUACCUGGGCUACCAGCUACGAAGAUUUCUACCUCUCCUGUUCCCUCAGCCAUGGCGGCAAGGAGCUGUGCAGCCCCCUGCAGACCCGCAAGGCUCAUUUCUACAAGUACCUCUUCCACCUCAUCAUCUGGGACCAGCAGAUCUGCUUCCCGGUGCAGGUGAACCGGCUGCCUCGGGAGACCCUGCUGUGUGCCACUCUCUAUGCUCUGCCCAUCCCCCCGCCCGGGAGCUCCUCAGAGGCCAAUAGGCAGCGGCGGGCACCUGAAGCCCUGGGCUGGGUCACAACCCCACUGUUCAACUUCAGGCAAGUCCUGACCUGUGGCCGGAAGCUUCUGGGCUUGUGGCCAGCGACACAGGAAAACCCCAGUGCCCGUUGGAGUGCACCCAACUUCCACCAGCCAGACAGUGUCAUCCUGCAGAUUGACUUCCCCACCUCAGCCUUUGACGUCAAGUUCACCAGCCCCCCUGGAGACGAGUUCAGCCCCCGCUAUGCGUUUGGCAGUCUCCGGGAGGAAGAUCAACGCAAGCUCAAAGACAUCAUGCAGAAGGAGUCCUUGUACUGGCUCACUGAUGCUGACAAGAAGUGCCUGUGGGAGAAGCGCUAUUAUUGCCACUCGGAGGUGAGCUCGCUCCCUCUGGUGCUUGCCAGCGCCCCCAGCUGGGAGUGGGCUUGCCUGCCCGACACCUAUGCUCUCCUGAAGCAGUGGACCCACAUGAACCACCAGGAUGCCUUGGGGCUCCUGCAUGCCACCUUCCCAGACCAGGAGGUGCGUCGUAUGGCCGUCCAGUGGAUCGGCUCGCUCUCAGAUGCCGAGCUGCUGGACUACCUGCCCCAGCUGGUGCAGGCCCUAAAGUAUGAGUGCUACCUGGACAGCCCCUUGGUGCGCUUCCUCCUGAAACGAGCUGUCUCCGACUUGAGAGUGACUCACUACUUCUUCUGGCUGCUGAAGGAUGGCCUCAAGGAUUCUCAGUUCAGCAUCCGCUACCAGUAUCUGCUGGCAGCUCUGCUGUGCUGCUGUGGCAAGGGGCUGAGAGAGGAGUUUAACCGCCAGUGCUGGCUUGUCAACACCCUGGCCAAGCUGGCCCAGCAGGUCCGGGAAGCCACUCCCUCUGCAAGGCAGGGGAUUCUCCGCACGGGCCUGGAGGACGUGACACAGUUCUUUGUCCUGAAUGGCUCCUGCCGCCUGCCGCUCAGCCCCAGUCUGCUGGUCAAGGGCAUCGUGCCCAGGGACUGUUCCUACUUCAACUCCAAUGCGGUUCCCCUCAAGCUCUCCUUCCAAAAUGUAGAUCCACUGGGUGAGAACAUCCGUGUCAUCUUCAAGUGUGGGGACGACCUUCGCCAGGACAUGCUAACCCUGCAGAUGAUCCGCAUCAUGAGCAAGAUCUGGGUCCAGGAGGGGCUGGACAUGCGCAUGGUCAUUUUCCGCUGCUUCUCCACUGGCCGGGGGAGAGGGAUGGUAGAGAUGAUCCCCAAUGCAGAAACCCUGCGCAAGAUCCAGGUGGAACAUGGGGUGACCGGCUCCUUCAAGGACCGGCCUCUGGCCGACUGGCUGCAGAAACACAACCCUGGAGAAGACGAAUAUGAGAAGGCUGUGGAGAAUUUCAUCUACUCCUGUGCUGGCUGCUGUGUAGCCACGUAUGUCUUGGGCAUCUGUGACCGACACAAUGACAACAUCAUGCUGAAGACCACCGGCCACAUGUUCCAUAUAGAUUUUGGCCGCUUCCUGGGCCAUGCCCAGAUGUUUGGCAACAUCAAGAGGGACCGUGCCCCCUUUGUCUUCACCUCGGAUAUGGCAUAUGUCAUCAACGGGGGUGACAAGCCUUCCAGCCGCUUCCAUGAUUUUGUUGACCUAUGCUGCCAAGCCUACAACCUCAUUCGCAAGCACACCCACCUCUUCCUCAACCUUCUGGGCCUGAUGUUGUCCUGUGGGAUCCCCGAGCUCUCAGACCUGGAAGACCUCAAGUAUGUGUAUGAUGCUUUGAGACCUCAGGACACAGAAGCCAAUGCCACCACCUACUUCACUAGGUUGAUUGAAUCUAGCCUGGGCAGUGUAGCCACGAAGCUCAAUUUUUUCAUCCAUAAUCUGGCUCAGAUGAAGUUUACAGGCUCAGAUGACCGGCUGACCCUUUCCUUUGCCCCCCGAACAUACACCCUCAAGAGCUCUGGCCACAUCAGUGAUGUUUUCCUCUGCCGCCACGAGAAGACCUUCCACCCCAACAAGGGCUAUAUAUAUGUGGUAAAGGUGAUGCGAGAGAAUGUGCACGAGGCCACUUAUAUCCAGCGGACGUUUGAGGAAUUCCAGGAAUUACACAAUAAGCUGCGGCUGCUGUUCCCUUCUUCCAUCUUGCCCAGCUUCCCUAGUCGCUUUGUGAUUGGCCGCUCCCGGGGAGAGGCUGUGGCUGAGCGGCGGAGGGAGGAGUUAAAUGGCUACAUCUGGCACUUGAUCCACGCAGCCCCCGAGGUGGCAGAGUGUGAUUUGGUGUACACCUUUUUCCACCCCCUGCCCCGAGAUGAGAAGGCAGCCGGCACCAGCCCAGCUUCCAAAUCCUCAGACGGCACAUGGCCCCGGCCUGUUGAGAAAGUGGGAGGGGAGGUGAAGCUGUCCAUCUCCUACAAAAACAAUAAACUCUUCAUAAUGGUGAUGCAUAUCCGGGGCUUGCAACUGCUCCAGGAUGGGAAUGACCCUGACCCUUAUGUGAAGAUCUAUCUCCUUCCUGACCCUCAGAAAACCACUAAGAGGAAAACCAAAGUGGCCCGGAAAACCUGCAACCCCACCUACAAUGAGAUGUUGGUGUAUGAUGGGAUCCCCAAGGGAGACCUGCAGCAGCGGGAGCUACAGCUGAGCGUGCUGAGUGAGCAAGGAUUCUGGGAGAACGUCCUCCUUGGGGAGGUGCACAUCCGCCUGCGAGAGCUGGACCUGGCUCAGGAGAAGACUGGCUGGUUCGCACUGGGAUCUCGAAGCCAGGGGACCUUGUGAGCUCAUCAGAGCCUUGGCCCAGGACCCCAGGGUGGUGGUGGGGAAGAAGAGCCUCCCCUGAGUGACUCUUCCUGGUAGGGCCCUCGGCGGGCCUCCCCACCUGUCCAGGUGUAUCUCUCCUCCAUGACAGGAGGUAGGGAGAGCAAGAUGCUCUGAGCUAGCCCUUCCUCCACAGAUUGAAUGUGAGUGGGUUAUGAUGAGAGUGGCCUCUCAAAAGCUGUGAGGUUGCAGCAAAAUUUUAAGUUUACCUUGUGUCAAGGGAGCAAUGCCUGGUUUGGGGUAUGUGUGGGGUGCGUUGUACAAAGUAGUAUUUUGGGGGGAGGGUGGGUGGAUAACUUUAUUUUUAUUUUUAAAAAAUGAAAUAGUAAUGUUGUCCUAACGGGACAGGAAGCCUCGUGUGAAGGGACAUACAUAUGCCACAGAAGGCAAGCGAGGAGGAAUAUUUGGACCUUUCCUUUUGUAUGAUUAAGGUUCUUAUUGGACUUUUUCCCUAGGUUGGUUGGUUGUGUGUUUUGUUUGUUUUCUAUCUAUAGGAAUUGUUUGGGGAGGGGCCCAGUGGGUCCUUGGGUAGAGUCCUCCCUCUCCAAGGCAGGUCGGGGAGGGACAGGAAGGGUGUAUGUGCUGGACUGAGGCCUGCGCAGCUGGGCCUUUCUGAUUUUGCCUCCAAAGGAGAGCGACGUGAUACAUAUGUGUGUAGGAAAGGCCUUCCGUAAUGGGGUUCUGCCAGGACCUGUAUUCAGGGACCCAUGCUCUUUUGGGGGGCAUUUCCCUCUCAUCUUCCCUUACUUUGUUAGGACUCGCCCUGGAUACUGUCUUCUACCCCUUGUCCUCUCCAUUCUCUCGACCCUUCUGGGAGCCAUGUGCUCCUUAUGAAUACGCUGGGGGCACUCCCCCAUAGAGCGCUCCAUUUUUUUUUUUUUUUUCUGGUGGCCUCAACCUCAGCCCUUAGAUUUAGUUUGGCCAUUAGGUAGUUUCUGGGAAGCAUUUCCUAUCACCUUCUGUGUCUUCCUUUUGUGCUUUUUCUUUUCCAACUUUACCCCCCCCCCCUUUUUAUAAGAAUUUCCCUCAUUCUGUGGGGCCAUAAAUCUAUUUAAUCUGGAGCCAAAGGAAUGCCCUAACUGAAGAAAAGGGGGAUGGGGCUGGGGACUCAGUCUCAGCUGUUGUUCUUUCCCCAUAAUUGCCCUUGGUCAUGAGGAGGCUGGAAUGCAGCAUGGGAUACUCCCUGUAGCUGAACUCAGGAGCUGGAAGGGAGAGCCUGGAUCUCUUAUCUUGCAAUAAUCUUUAGUCCUUACCAGAUGGAUGUAAAAUUUAGUCUUUUGUGCUUCACUCCAGAGGGUUGUGCUCCUUGAAAAAUGAGGAAGAGACUUUGAAUUUGAUAUUAACUUUUUUAACCCAGAAUUGUCUGGAUGUGUGCCCCGUGAUGCUGAAGGAAACUGAGGCUGUUCUGAAAGCCAUCCCUCACCAGGACUUACCUAUCAUAUUCCUUCCCAACUCUAAGGAUCACAAAGUCCCCUUUUUGCCAACUCAUUCCAUAACUGGAGAAAGGAGCACCAUUCACUGAAACCACAGGGCAGCAAAGGAGUUUAAUUUUUUCUUUUAAAUUAAAAAUGCCAGGAUGAAGCUGGCUGCUCUGGGGAGGGGUUGAGGGAGUGGGGAAGGGGGAGGGUGUUAGGAUUUUUCCAGAAGAAUGGACCAUAGAUGUGUUACUGGCUUUUGCCUGUAGCUCAUUUUAUUUUGUCCCUCUGUGUCCCUUAAUUAAAGAGGUCUGUGUACUGUACCCACUUCUCAGACCCCCUUGGAUCUCCUACUUUCUCUGGAAUUGUAUUUUCUAAUAAAUGACAUUUGAGAAAAACAGAA